AUGCACUACCCACUACCAUGGGCAUAGACAUGAAUGAAUUGACAAGGACGUGAACGCUGUAAUCUAUGCUUUAUAAAGGUGGUUAAAAAGGACAGGACAGAACUUAUGGACAGAAGGGGACAGAUGUAUAAAAUUCAUUGGAAUUCCCUACCGGGGAUUUCCGUUUGUAAGUGGAGACUAUUAUUAAAACCGCGCACUAUAAUGCGCAGUUAGAAUACUACAAUCGGCAGUGCUUGUGCCGCUUGUGCUGACGUCCAGUUCAACCAUUUGCGCAUUACUUUUAUUGCAGUGUAUAUAAAAGUUGUAAAAUUCGUCAUCGUUCGUGUCUUACUUUUAUUGUAGGCUCGCAAAAUUUGUUAUUAUUUCAUGUAACAAUAGAAAGUAAGAAAAAUUCUUUACCUUGCUUGUUCCCUCAACAUUUUUGUAAACGUAUGUAAUGUUUCGCAGUUGCGAAACUGUUCAUGGAAAUAAGAUAAUUUUUUGAUACAUAUAAAAAAGUAUUGUUUAAUUGACCCCGCAAAUAGCUGACAACAUGUCUAGUUCUCAAUGGGAUCAAAUGUUACAAGUAGCUAAAAUGCAACAACAGGAGUAUUAUGAACUUUUGCCAGAAUGGACAAAGUACGAAAAAGAUGAAUAUACGUAUUUAAAGCAAAACAUUGGAUUUGCGCUCUUCGGUCCUCCUUCAGAAAGUACAGAAAGUACAGAAUCUAACGUUUUAUUAAAUGCGGACACAGUAAUUGAAAAUGAUAAUAUUAUUAAUGCAUUUCAUUACAAAGAAGAAGCACAGACGGUCAUAGACACAGUAUAUGAUAAGGUAGUUGAAUUCGGAGAUGGAGCUCUAGAAGAAUCGUACAUUUAUUAUGGAUUAAUUUUUAACGUAGCCAUAUAUCCACCAAUUCCUAAUUUGGAUGAAAAAAAGGAUAUUAGUAAGGAUGGAAAAAUAAAAGCAAUAGAUCAAGGUACCAAAAAAGAAGUACCAGAGAGUGAAAACGUAGAAGUAAAUAUGUGUUCGGCCCCAAUUUUUAAAAUAUUGAGGUCUAAAGACGGUGUAUGGUAUAUUGAUACACAUGGAAGAGUAUAUAAAUCUUGGAUGGAUUAUAAAGAAAAUAAUACUUUACCAAAGUGCACUAUGGUCCUUCCGAUGAAUGGUUGUUAUAAAGCUGAUUGUAGUUGUGCAGUGACUGAAGAUAGUUCAACAGUAUGGUUAGAAAUACUAGACUCACCGGCAUGUAGUACAACAUCAACUGUUCUUCAGGUCACAGAUACGGGCACAAGCGUAAUAGGAAUGAUUGGACUUGGUUUAACUGUUGCAAGUAUUUUUACACCCGCUGCACCUGUGGCAAUAGGUGCAUUGGCCGCUACCGGAGUAAGUGGUGUAUGGGCAACAGGGAGAGCAGUGCACAACUUGGUAGACAGAAGUACUCACGAAGAAAGCAUCAAUAUAACAAAUAGGAGUGCAUUUUGUUCGUGGUUGACUAUAACUGGUGGUGCCCUUGGUUUGGCGGCGGCUGGAGGAAAUGCUGUUCUCAACAAAAUCGUACAAAGUGGUAAUGUUGUAGGCAAGGGUCCUCAAGUGGUACAUGAUGUAUUAUUGCUGAGUAAUUUGGGUGUUAAUGGUUUUGGUUUGGGAUAUCAAGUAUAUUCUAUGUAUCAACAUUAUCAAGAAGGAGGAGAAAUUCGAGUGAUUGAUGUAUUGUCUUUGACCACUCAUGUUUUAUUCUUUGGUAACGCGGUCAUGAAUAUGAAAUUUGCUGGAGAUCUCAUUGAAUCAACUCAGGGUAAAAUUGUAGAUGAUUUUAGAAACGACAUACGUGGAAAGAAUCUCCGCAAACAAUUUAAUCGCGUAAAGCGUAAUGCUGCUGCAAAUAAUGUAGAUAAGAUGGGUGAAAAUGCUGAAGUCAUACGUUAUAUUAACAAUAAAUAUGAGUUGCGACUGGCAAACGGCAUAAGCCCAAGUAACAAUGCUCUUAAUAACAAUAUAAUAUUGUUUGACAAUGGCGUAAUAAAAGUUUGCGGCUAUUCUUUACUAGAUCCUCUUAAAUUUGUGUCCUGGCUAAUUAAGCUUGAUUUGCAUCGUAGAACCUAUUCCAGUGCACCUUUGACUAGUAGAGACGAUGGCGAAGCUGGUGGUAUGGCUUCCAAAUUGAAAGAUUUGUUGUUGACAUUAUUAUCGAAUUUUUCACAGAAUCAUAGAAAUAUAAGUCUGCCUAACAUAGAUGAAUUUGAUUCUACUUUCGAGGACAUGAAGUACAUGAAAAAUGGAAUAGUUGUUUUUAACUUAAUAUUUAAAAUAGCUACUGCUUUGAUAGAACAUAAAGUAGAGUUUAAAGAAUAUAUAGUUAAGGCAGUUCACUUUAUUUGGUGUUACGUAAAAGAAAGCGUGAGAACAAACGGUUUAACUGUAAUUUUUUCUAUUGAUAAUGAAGAGAUACAAAGAGCGUUGCAGAAAAUACUACAAAACAUCCUCGAUCAUUUAGAUGCUGUAGAAGAGAGACUAAUGCCGGCUUUUGAAACAUACGUACAUAAAUAUUUAGAAACUUUUUUUUCUUAACAUUGUGGUGUUUAUAAAUAAUCUUUUAUAUGGAAACUGUUAUUAACUGAAACUUCAUGUAAUUAUAAAUAUGUAACGAAUAUACAAACACACCGAUUUUUAAUUACGUACAUAUCAAUGUUAAGAUAUACCGUAGGUAGAAAAGGGAGAAGCACAAUCAGAAUACAAUUGUACAAUGAAUUUCCGCCAAUAUUUCUUAUAUCGAAUAUGCAAUAAUGUUAAAAACUUAUACGCUUUUUAAUGAAAGUAUCUAAUAAUUUAGAUUGUAAAAGAUCACAGAAAUAAUCGUCAAAUAAUAUUUUCUUAUAGAUAUAUAUGCGAUAAAAAUAAUGUGUAUAUUAUAAUCAUAUGAUUAAUUCAUAAUAUAUUUCUAUAUAACAACAUGUUAUGUACAUGUUACUCGAAUAUCGUUCCAAUUUUAAUAUUUUACCUUGUACUACUGCUGAAGUAAGUACAUUACUAAACGAUAUUGAACUCACAUGCUUUUGUAAAUUAAUGUUAAUAAGUAGACAUAAUAUAAAACUCGUAUGAAGAAAUUAUUUAUAUAAGAAAUUUGUUUAAACUGAGAAUGACUGCAAUAUUGGAAUUGACGUAGAAGUGAUGUUAAAAAUUUAUAUGGGUUAAGAAAAAAUUAAUGUGUUAAUAAAUACUUUAGAGUUCGUA